GUGUGUCCCGAAUGGCCCCUGUGAUGAUCAAGCGUCAGUUGGACGAAGAGCUGGGCGGACUCGAGAGCGGCUUACAAUCCACACGAUCUGGGGAGAAACCCAUCGAUAUCAGCGCAGCGCAUUUCGAUCGGACUAUGAGCUCGGCCAACCCUGGGCGCUAUGGCCAACAAAGCGACUCACUUUUGACAUUCGACCACCUGCCCGAGAUGUUUCGAGUAGCCAGAGUGACAUCAAAUUCAUGCUCCAACAUAGGGAGUAUCUGGAGGACACCCUGCUUGGCUCGAGGCUUUAGUUCACCGGCCGUGGGUCGAACCAAAAAGUUGAUGCCCACUAUUGUGGCCAAUACAUCACCAAGACAGCUAUCGUCAGAUGCUUCUCCGCCCUCUCCUGGAGCUACAACCUCCACGCAAGAGGAGAGGACAGCAAAAACCGAGAAGCGCCCUCCCGUUGCAUGGCCACAAAGACCAGGGCAAGACCCCAGUGAACUUACAGCACACCUGAAAAAGACUGCAAUCCAGUAUCCUUACUCUGUACCGCGGAACUCGAAUGGAUGUGAGGAUUUACUACAUACACUUUCAUUGUUCUAUGAGCCCUCACUUGAAACCUGUGCACUGACACUUUUUGCCAAGGCACUCAAAGAUGACCUGGUCGCAACACUGUUCCCAGACACUCGCAACAACAGGUUUAUGAAUCACCGACUAGCAACUAAUAUCAGAGUGCACCACAAUCGGCAUGUUAUAAUACAGGGUGGUCAAUGGGCAAAGCAGGUCCAAAAAUGGCUUUUGGCUAGAGGAUUCUAG